CCUUAAUACACGUGUUCCGGAGGGGCAAGUCAGCUUCGAGGAACAACAUUCCUCCGCCUCCGCCACAAGGUUCCGCAAGCAUCGAGAUCUGCCCCGUGUCCUCAGGACGCGAUAUAUCAACUGCCUCGCACGCUGCUUUUCAACACAAUCCCCAGCGCACUCGAUGACCUGCCGUUGAAACCGCGCAACUUGUAAAUUGCUUGGAGGAAGACACAUACCCCUUUGUGACGGGCAUCUGCGCCAUCAAACCGCCAAUAUGAAUUUGUUCCGUCUGCUGGGAGAUUUCUCCCAUUUGCUCUCGAUUUUGAUCUUGCUGGAUAAGAUGAUACGGACAAACAGCUGUGCCGGAAUCUCGUUCAAGUCGCAAGCAUUAUACCUCAUUGUCUACGUGACGCGCUACCUUGAUAUCUUUACAACCUUUACGGACAGCUACUACAACAGCAUCUUCAAGAUCCUCUUCAUCUCCACCUCGGGCUACACGCUCUACCUGAUGAUGACGACCUACAAGCCCACGCAAUCCGCUCCCCUCGACACCUUCCGCGUGCAAUACCUCCUCCUAGGCGCCUUCGUCCUCGGCGCCCUCUUCCCGCCGGAAUACACCGUGCGCGAAGUCCUCUGGAGCUUCAGCAUCUGGCUCGAGAGCGUGGCCAUCCUGCCGCAGCUGUUCAUGCUGCAGCGCACGGGCGAGGCGGACACUAUCACCGUGCAUUACAUUUUCGCACUGGGCAUAUACCGCGCGCUGUACAUCCCCAACUGGAUCUGGAGGUACUGGUCGGCUGGGCAUCUGGAUCAGAUCUCGGUGCUGGCGGGGCUUGUGCAGACCGUGUUGUACAGUGAUUUCUUCUGGAUCUACUAUACGAAGGUCAUGAAGGGGAAGAAGUUCUCAUUGCCGGUAUAAGGGUGGUACUGGACUGGAUUGAUUUGAGAGGGGCGGUGAGAGGUGGGAUGG